GCCAGAGUUGAGAGAGAAAAGGCAGACGACGAUGGACAGUAUCAAGUUAUUGUUGGCCGUCUGCUCAUGGGUGGUUUUCGUCAACUGUCAAGCUGAUGGUUUAGUUUCUUCAUCCUAUUUCUGUAAAAUCCGCUGUCGGUUUGGAAAUCCAAAAGGCUGUCACUGUGUACACCCACCAAAUCCAUGUCGGACUGUGAAGUGCUCCGUUGGAAGACGGUGUGUUGUUCGUUUUGGAAAAGGAGUGUGCAUACUGAGAAAUCCGCUUAAUCCAUGUUCUGGUGUAAAAUGUCCCGCAGGAAAACGGUGUAUUGUUCGCUUUGGAAAGGGAGUGUGUAUACACAAAACACCGAUUAAUCCAUGUCAUUAUACAAAAUGUGUUGCUGGAAAACGGUGCAUUGUUAUCUCAAGAAGAGCAGUGUGCGUUCCAAGAUAUCCAAUUAAUCUCUGUGUGUUCAAAAGAUGUCCCCCAGGAACACGGUGCUAUGUUCGUUUUGGAAGAGCAGUAUGUUUACGGAAAAACCCUGAUCCCUGUUUGAAAAAGGUGUGUCCGAAGGGUAAACACUGUGUACGCAGAGGAUCGCUGGGCGUCUGUCUUCCCAACAGAUCUGUUUGCCAGGAACCGCUGAAAGUGGGGCCUUGCAGGGCAGCGAUACGUCGUUACUACUACAACCGGACUACAGGGAGGUGUCAGAGAUUCUUCUGGGGAGGGUGUCAGCCAAACGGGAACAACUUCUCUAGCUACUUCCAGUGCUACAGAACGUGUGGCAAAUUCAGAGGCUAGCUAAGCAACUGAUCUGAAAAACGCCUCCAACUAGCGGGAAGAAGGCAUCAGCAAUUAUUGUCCCUUCUUUAAAAACAACAAAAACAAACAAACAAACAAACUAAAAACAAACUCUCUCACCUUGGAAGUUUUAAAAAUCUCUCAAAGUUUAGAGGUGCCUAUUUUGUCUAGUUUCGUUUAAUCUUGAUUACACAUGGUUUGAACUUUCUAACUGAAAUGCGUGUUUGUCUUUGAAUAGAUAACAGAUGACAGUUUGUUUGUGGAAUUGGAGUUAAAAUUUAUAAUUGAAUAUCAGUCUCUGGAAUAGUCAUUAGUUUACCUUUCGUUGCUACGACAUAUCAAUAACUUGACGAAUGUCAGUAGUACUUGCAUAUUAUAAUAAUAAAGAUUUGUUUUUU